AUGGUCCGCCCGGCGAUAUUUGCACUGCUCUGCCUGACAGCUUCAGCCUCAGUCACAGAGAGAAUAUCGCCCACUGCCCAAACACUGAACGGGACAUACUCUGGCGUGCACUCUGCCGAAUUCAACCAGGAUCUCUUCCUUGGAAUUCCAUAUCUCCAGGCACCCGUUGGCGAUAGACGGUUUCACCCUGCAGACACCCUGAACAGCUCGUGGAAUGGGAGCAAAGCGGCAACAUCCUAUGCCCAUUCCUGCAUUGGCUAUGGGACUUCCAUUCCCCUAUCAGACAUGUCGGAGGACUGUCUAUACCUCAAUGUGAUCCGUCCCCAUUUGGAUAGCAAUAUAUCCAAUUUACUGCCAGUCGCUGUCUUCAUCCACGGCGGAGACUUUUCAGGCAGCAGUGCCAGCCAGGAACAAUACAACCUCUCCUUCAUCGUCGAUAAAUCAGUCCAGCUCGACCAGCCCAUGCUAGCCGUGAGUUUCAACUACCGCCUCAGCGCCUGGGGGUUCCUCUUCAGCAACCAGCUCCGCGACACUGGAGCAACGAACAUCGGACUCCGCGACCAGCGAUUCGCACUCGCCUGGAUCCAGGAAAACAUCGCAGGCUUCGGAGGCGACCCUGCCAAAGUCACCCUCUGGGGCCAGGGCGCUGGUGCAUCGAGUGUUGGCUUCCACAUCACCGCCUACGCCGGACGCAACGAUAGUCUGUUCCGCGGCGCGAUCAUGCAGAGCGGAAACCCGGUUCCUGAAAAGGGGAUGAAUGGGACGCAAUACUAUCAACCUUUGUAUGAUGAGAUUGCGCGGCGGGUUACCCCUGAAGCAGGGUAUGCGUUGGCUAAUGGAAUGGCGGAUGGGGAUACCUGCUGGGAUGCAGUGGAUCGGAAGGCCUGUCUGCGCAAUGUGGACUUUGGGCAGAUGAAUGAUGCGAUCAAUUCUACGAGUCCAAAGUCUUGGUUCCCAGUUAUAGAUGGUGAUAUUGUUACUGAGCAGCCCAGUCGGUCGUUGUACACUGGGAAGAAAUAUGUCAAGGUGCCUAUUCUUAUCGGUGCAAAUACCGACGAGGGUUCGUAUUACAUGCCUACGCAUGAUAUCACCACCGAGGCCGAGUUUAUAGACCUUAUCGCGAACGAGAGAGCAUUAGCGUAUCAAGGGGACGCUGCCAUCCACGCAAAUCGUCGCCAGGCCUGUUCCACCUGGGCCCGCGCCAACAUCAGCGCAUACUGCUAUCGAUUCGACGUCCCACUUUACCACCAAGCCUCUGCACAACACGGGAACGAGGUCCCCUUCGUCUUUGCCAACACAAACGGACACGGCUACGACGCCAACCCCAUUUCCCGAGACCUCGCAGUUCUUGCGAGCGAUAUCAGCAGCAGCUGGGUAAGCUUCAUUGCCACACUGGAUCCUAAUUCGUGGAGACGCCACGCAAAUUCAACGCCGGUGACCCCGAUUUGGCCAAAGUACGCGGCCGAAAAUGCGUCCGAGAUGGUGUUUCAGGCGAACGGGACGAGCCACGUUGAGCGGGAUGUCUGGCGAGCCACUCAGAUUCGGUUGAUUAAUGGAGAGCCGUCUGGGAUUGCAGUGGCAUACCAGAGGUAGGAGGAACUGUGUUGGUGAUGGGCCGUGUCAGACUAAAUCUCGCAAGCCUGUCCAACUCUCGUGUAACUCCGAUGAUCAUCGUGGGCCUUCCACUUAGGGCUAUUGAGGCCGACUAUACUUCACAACAACUAC